AUGGCGACGACUCCUGCCAGUGGCGGCGAGCUUUCCAUCUCAGUGGAGGCCACGGCGCACGCGGACCCUGCCGGUGCCGAGGUGCAGCAGAGCGAGAGCCGCAGUGCCGACGCGGUGAGGAGGAAGCUGAAAACUCUGAAUAAGAAGUGGGCGGGCAACGCUGCCGGCACUCUGGCCUCCAUUUGGGCCACUGUGGUCUUGCUUGGCGGGUUCUGCUCUCUGCUGAUCCGCGUGGAUUUCUGGUUUGCCACGGUCAUGGUCUUCAUGGAAGGCUCCAGCUGGUGCGUUCCUCGAACUACUACUACACAUGCAUCACCGCAAAGAUCCAAGACAUCCAAGCAUGAUACGCUGGCUUCCCUGAAAGCUACCGGGUUAGCUUUUGCAUGGCUAUUCGGAACUAUGCUUCUGACAGUGCUGGCCUGUCGAAUCAUGUCCUGUUUACCAUCUAUGAGAAAUCCCAUACCGCUGCUUCGCUUUAAGAUCUUCAUUGCCUCAGCCUUGGCAUGUCUGCCCUUCCUCCAAGCAACACUAGCUUCUUAUUACAGAUACUUGAGCAUAUCGGUCGCUAUAACGCUACUAAUGGUUAGCAACGAAGUGUUUUGGGGAGCAGAUCACGAUGAUGAUAGCUCCUCGGGGACAUCGGAGCAAAACAACAAUAGCUCUCCAGAGACAGAGACCUUGGAAAAAGAUAGUAGCUCAUCCUGCUGUGGCCUCUUCUUGCAGAUCGUCGAAACAAUCCUGCCCAUACUCUUCUUUUGGAGCGUGAUGUUCCCAUUACCUGGCAUAUCCGUCUCCCUUGCGAUAUCAUUCUAUAUGUUGUUCUCGGUGACAGCAGGAAUGCUGAUCGCCAACUUGCAGAUCCCAGUGGCACUCCUGCAGAAGAGAAAGAGAAAGAGAAAUACACACCCAGCCUCGACCUUCGAGAGCUUCGCCAUCCAGUCCCUUGGCUGCACCUCAAGCCAUGAAUUGCAAAUUGUUGGGCUGCGGAUUCUCGACAACAGCCUGCAACGAGGUGACUCCGAAUCCAAUAAGAAGCUCAUUACAGAAAUAGUCAAAGAUGCGAAAAACAUCAUCACUAAUAUCAUAGGGCUUAUCAGCUGCUAUCUCACCGUCGAGGAAAACAGUGGUGGCCGUGGCCUACAGCAUCAGCAUCACAAAAAAACGAUGAUAGAGCAGAUGGAACAGCAUCACAAAAAAAGGACAGAGCAGAUGGAAGUGGCACGAUUGUGUUUUGAGUUUGUGAGGACGAUUGCUAUCAACGGUGGGAAACUUAGCGCAAGGUUUCGCAAGGAGCUGUCGGAGAACCCCUUCUUUCUGGACAGCCUCGAUCGUAUCUUGAACUUUUGGGGCUGGCGAGUAGAUGACCUACGGGAGCAGGUGAUGGGUAUAGUAGCAGCGCUGGCCGUGGAUGAGGCUGCAAGGAAGGAGAUUGGGAGCAACCAAUCCAUUAUUCCCAAUUUGAUGCAUGAAUUUGAGCUUGAGCCCAGCAUGCUCACCCCCAAGGCUCCCACCCUCCCGACGGCGGCUGCUGCUGCGGCGGAAGGUGUGGAUACGGCUGGUACCCUGACCCUCCCGACGGCUGCUGAUGCGGCGGAAGUUGUGGAUACGGUUGGUGCCACGACCCUCCCGACGGCGGCUGCUUAG